AUGGCAUUUCUUACGUACAGGAAGGGAUUCCCCAUGACAAUACGUUCCUGUUUUUACCCUCUCAUUGGUGACCGUAUUUAUGGCUGGAUGGGUGACCUUAUCGAUUCGCUCUCAGUUAUUGCCACCAUGUUUGGAGUGUGUACUAGUCUCGGUAUUGGCGUUAUCACAAUCAACACCGCAUUGAAUCGCAUAGAUCCGAAUAUCGAAGAGAGCACCAACAACCAGAUUAUUUGCAUUUGGACUAUCACACCAAUUGCAACAAUUUCGGUCGUGUCUGGCCUAAAAAUCGGUAUCAAGUAUCUUAGUGAAAUUUGCUUUACCCUUGGUAUGUUUCUGAUGAUGUUUGUCUUAUUUUACGAUAACACUUGGUAUAUCCUUAAUCUCUAUGUUCAAAGUAUCGGGUACUAUAUUCAAUGGAUCAUUCAAAUUGGAUUCCAUACAGAUGCAUUCGCACAACUGGGAAAUGCACCAGAUGGAAAACAAGCACCGACAUGGAUGGAUAACUACACGGUUUUCUACUUGGGUUGGUGGAUCGCUUGGUCACCAUUCGUUGGUAUUUUCAUUGCUAAAAUUUCUCGUGGAAGAACCGUGAGGAAUUUUAUUAAUACCACUCUCGCUGCUCCGAUGUUAUACGUCUUCCUGUGGUUGUCUAUCUUUGGAGGAUCUGGUUUACGAAUGGAACGUGAUGCCGCUUUAAGAGGAAUCAACUGCUCUUCAACGUUGGGCGGUACAGGUGCAACGGAAGGUCUUGAUAGACUCUAUAGACUUUCAUGCAGAAACCACGCGCAUAUGUAUUUCGACGUUCUUGACCAAUACAGCGAAAAUCUAGUCGGUUUUCUUCGUAUUGUAUCUUUGAUUGCAAUCGUCCUUUACUUUGUGACAAGUUCUGAUAGUGGCUCGUUGAUUAUUGAUUGUCUUUCAGCCAAUGGCAAUCCAGAACCACCUGUGCUUCAACGAAUCUUCUGGGCGUUCACCGAAGGCGCGUGUGCCACAGCUCUUCUCUACACUGGCGGAUCAAAAGCACUUGCCGCGAUGCAGACUGUCUCCAUUGCUACUGGUUUGUUUUACACCAUUGUCUUAAAUUUCAUGUGUGUUGCUCUUUGGCGUGUAAUGAAGGAAGAAGCAGGCGAUCACGAUCCGAACUCCGGCCGUCACUUUCCGACCAGCAUUUUUGCUUUCUUUGAUUUCGUGUCACGCGUGAAGACCAUCAACGUGAUUGUUUCCACAGUCGCACCUUGGUACCUGGCUGGCAAAACAGCUGCCGAAGUUUAUGGUAAAAAGCCCUGGCCAUAUAUGCUUGCACUUGCUUCAUUGUUUUAUGGUUGGAUCGCAUUAGAAAUCUUGGAAAUCCAGGUAUACGGACUUGCGUACAUUGGUUGGGUUGUGCUGUUUGGCUUCUUUGCCUUCCUGAUUGGAAUAAGAAUACGCAUCCAUUCACGAUACGAAAUCAGUGGCAGUAUGGUCGAAGACGCACUUACUGUGAUAUUCCUGUAUCCGUUGGCCAUUGAGCAGAUGUACGAACAAGUGCGACGGAAUGGCAAUUAUUCUGGAAAUGAAACCACGCAGACAACAGUCGAAACUAAGUUUUAG